CGGGCAUUCCUUUCCCACGUUUGCUCUCUCUCCUCGUCCCCAAAAAUGUUUAUUCGAAAAAAGAACAUGAAAAAGAGAAGAAAAUAGGAGAAACUCCAGCUAAGAGACGGCAGAAAAUCGUUCUCAAUUGACCUUUGAAUUAGAGAGGAGUUGCUCGAGCUCAAAAUUUGUGUUGUUUUGAUUUUAGGGUUUGUUAUUUUUUUAUUUUGUCAAAAUUGAUUUUGGUUCAAUCAGUUGUUCUUGUACAUCGAGUAGAAUUUUUAUUGAGAACUAAGCGUUCUUACGGUUCGAGAAUUAUGACGAAGGCAAUGGAGAGUUUACAGGAUCUGCUCGACGAAGUUAAGCUUCGAACGGUGUGGUGGGUUCUCUGUAUAUUCGCAGUGUCCUACUUCUUGACGCAUACUAGUAAAUCAAUGCUAAUGAAUAUCCCCAUAGCCGUUCUCUUGGUCUCUGGACUAAGGAUGUUAUUCAAUGAGGUGGAAUUCCGUUGGAAGGUCCGGAAUAACAGACAACUAUCGUACUUGUCACACUUGGAAAAGAAACAGCUAUCCGUGAAUGAUUCUCGUCUUACUUCCCUGCCUCCCCCACAAAAAUGGAAAAGAAAAAUAGAUUCCCCUGUUGUUGAAGCAGCUAUUGAGGAUUUCAUCAGCAAGCUUUUGCAGGAUUUUGUCGUAGAUCUCUGGUAUUCUGAUAUUACGCCUGACAAAGAGGCACCAGAGCUAAUACAUUCUAUUGUUAUGGAUGUUCUUGGCGAAGUAUCUGGAAGACUCAAAGAACUAAACCUUGUUGACCUGUUGACGAGGGAUGUCGUAGACCUUAUAGGAGAUCACCUUGACCUCUUCAGAAGAAACCAGGCUGGAAUUGGCGUGGAUGUUAUGGGAACAUUGUCUUCUGAAGAAAGGGAUGAAAGGUUGAAACACCAUCUCCUGGCCUCUAAGGAGCUUCACCCUGCUUUGAUCUCCCCAGAGAGUGAGUACAAGGUUCUUCAGCGGCUCAUGGGUGGACUCUUAGCUGUUGUGUUAAGACCUAGGGAAGCCCAAUGCCCCUUGGUUCGAUGCAUUGCUCGCGAACUUUUAACUUGUUUGGUGAUGCAACCUAUUAUGAAUUUUGCAAGCCCAGGGUAUAUUAAUGAGUUGAUUGAGUAUAUUAUCCUUGCGUACAACAAUGAGGGGUCCAAGGAUGUUGUUGCUGAUCAAUCACCUAAUGUGGACGGUCAUAACAAUGAGCACAGAUUUUCUCGAGAACAUGGUCAAAGCAGUGAAUCUAGUAAUCAAGGGACUGAUUUGGCUUUGCCUCAGUUCAAUAAAACAUUACCAGAGUCAGGUGGCUCGGGAGAUCUCGUAUCUAGUACAAUGCAGGAUGAAACCAUACACGCACGGCAUGCCGAGUGGGCAAAAGUGUUUGAGGCAGCAACGCAGAGAAGAACAGAAGUUCUUAUGCCUGAAAAUCUGGAGAACAUGUGGACAAUAGGAAGAAAUUACAAAAAAAAACUCCAAAAGAAGGCUGCUCCAGGAAUUCAUGCUCCUCAAGUAACGGGUUCAGUUAGUGUUGUGUUGCCUAGAAGAGAUUUGGAGACUGAAGUAGCAAAACAGAAGCCUGAAAUGUAUAUUGAGAUAGAAGACAAAGCUUCUUUGCAUCUACCACCUAGGCCCCAACAGGAUACUCGAUCUGCUGGUCCUAGUAUUGAUCCUCUAAGCAGGUCUCAGGAGCUUAAUGAGAAGGUCUUUGCCAAGGGGAGCUCCAGUGUUCAUGAAUUGGAGAAAAUUGCUGGUGAUGUUUCCAAUGAAAAUAGAAAUAAGCUUAAAAGAUCAAACAGCACUUCUGACUUGAAAGUUCAGUCAACCCUGGAAGAUAUGUUUGUUACUAAAGGCAGUGCACCCAUCAUUAAUGAAUACUAUAGUGCAGACAUUAAUAAACUUAAUAUGCACAGCCUGAUGAGCAGUUCAGCCAUGGUAUUACGUCGAGAAGGGCAUGCUCCAAAGCUUAGAUGCCGGGUGACUGGAGCGUACUUUGAGAAACAUGGCUCAAAAUCUUUUGCAGUUUACUCAAUAGCUGUGACAGAUGCUGACAAUAACACUUGGUUUGUGAAAAGAAGAUACCGGAACUUUGAGAGAUUGCAUAGGCAUCUAAAAGAUAUCCCCAAUUAUACAUUACAUUUGCCUCCCAAACGGAUAUUCUCUUCAAGUACAGAGGAUGCUUUUGUUCACCAGCGCUGUAUUCAGCUUGACAAGUAUCUUCAAGAUCUCUUGUCAAUUGCAAAUGUCGCUGAGCAACAUGAAGUGUGGGAUUUUCUGAGUGCCUCCUCCAAGAAUUACUCUUUUGCGAAAUCUUCUUCUGUGAUGAGGACUCUGGCAGUUAAUGUGGACGAUGCCAUGGAUGAUAUUGUGCGCCAAUUCAAAGGGGUUUCUGAUGGCCUAAUGUGGAAAGUUGCUGGCUCACCUUCAUCUUCUUUCGACCAAGGUUCAUCAGUUACAAGCAGGAACUUGUCCUGGAAUGCUGAUGAUAUAAAAAAAUUGGCUAUGAGACAAAGCACCUCAGAGUCAAUUAACAGUUUCUCUGACAAUGAUGAGGGUGAUAAAGAUGUAAACCAUGGAGAACAGGAAGCAGAAGCUGCGAACCAAGGUAACGGCUGGCAUUCAGACAAUGAACUGGUUUCAAAGGGGUUCCCACAGAGGGUAGUCAGACAUGAGGAAGAUGUUAGUAACUUGGAGUCUGAGGAAAUCCAUAACUCAAGGUUGAAAUCGAUGUCAAGCUCUGUGAGCAGAUAUCCGGAGUCAAGUCUGGCCAUAACAUCUGUUCCUCAAGAGGAUCCAACAGGGGUGCCCCCAGAGUGGACGCCACCAAAUUUAAGUGUCCCAGUUCUCAAUUUAGUUGAUAAUGUAUUUCAGCUGAAGAAAAGAGGCUGGCUAAGGAGACAGGUCUUUUGGAUAUCAAAACAAAUAUUGCAGUUAAUAAUGGAAGAUGCCAUUGAUGACUGGCUCUUAAGGCAAAUCCAAUGGCUCCGUAGAGAGGAUGUUAUUGCACAAGGGAUUCGAUGGGUCCAGGAUGUUCUCUGGCCUGGUGGCACAUUUUUCUUGAGAUUGCGCUCGCAAGCUCAACCAAAUGAUUGUGAAGCUACUCGGGGAUCUCAGCAAACUACUAGGCAACCAAGUGGAAUGAGGUCAUCUCAACCAGGGUCUUUUGAGCAACAGCUUGAAGCUGCUCGCAGAGCUAAUGAUGUGAAAAAGAUGAUUUUCAAUGGUGCUCCCACCACUUUGGUCAGUUUGAUUGGGCAUAAGCAGUACAGACGUUGCGCAAGAGAUGUAUACUAUUUUCUUCAGUCCACAGUCUGUUUGAAGCAACUUGGCUAUGGAAUACUGGAACUUGUUCUAAUAUCAAUUUUCCCCGAAUUGCGUGAUCUUGUGAUGGAUAUCCACGAAAAGAUGCACACUCAGUCUGUACAGAGCUAAUUUUUUUCCCCCCUUCCAAUUCACUGUGAAGAUGGUCAAGCGACUCGAGUGUCUAGCACCAAUUUGUGGGACCGUAAAAAUGCCUAAAUUCAAGGAAGAGUGUAUUUGGUUCUCAGGUGCUACUGGAAAUCAGUUCUGAUGUAUGUUUCUUGACCGAUUCUAUUUCUUGAUGUACAAAAUGUAAAAUAGCUUCUCUGUACAGUUCUUGCUUGUGUAUAUUUUGACAAAUUGCUUCAUUGGUUCUGACAAUCUUUGCAAUAAAAAUGGUUUAAGCAAUUCUCAU